UCAAUAUUAUUCUUACAUAAUCUUACUUCAACUGUUUUUUUAUGUAUAUUUUUACAGGAGAAGAAGUUCCAUCGAUGUGUUCUUGUAAUAAGUCCUUUCUUUGACCAUGUUCUCAACGACAAUUUCCUGGAAGGGCAGACAGGUAUAAUUGAAAUAGCAAUGGGAACACCUGUAACACUCGAGACAACUAUCAUGUUCCUGUAUGGUAAGAAGCCAAAAUUGAAUGAUGAAAAUAUCGAAAAUAUCCUACACAUGGCUGAGUUUCUUCUCAUUCCAAACUUAAAGUCUGCCUGCAUAGCCUGGUUGAAAACUGUUUCUAUUACUAGAGAAAAUUGCAUGAAAUUCCUACAGCUGUCAAGCAUUUACGAUUUUGAAAUUCCGAGAUGUACAACAUACAUUGAAGAGCACCUGCCAGAAGUGCUUCAGUUGCCACAGAUAGUAAACCUGACAAAAGAUUCUAUUCACUUGCUGUUUUCAGAUAAACGGCUAUCUUAUGUACAAAUGGACGACAGGUUGCUGUUCUUACUUAAAUGGUUAAAUGCAAAUCCUAAUACUAGGAAGGCUCAUAUGAAGGAAAUACUGCCAAACAUAGAUUUCCAUUCGAUUUCCAAUCAAUGCUUGCAAGAAGCGUUGAAUAAUGCAGAAGUUGCUUGCCAUAUACAAUCAGAACAUAUGACCUCUGCUGGAUCGAUUGAUCGACGAGUUCUCAUUAUGAAAGAAGGUAACUACGGGGAUUCAUUCUGGUGUUUAGAUUUGGAGAGAGAUCAGUGGUUUCGAGUCAAAUCAAAUUCAUUGAAAGAAGACAAAUCGGGUGGCACUGUUGAAAUAUCUGGAACAUGUACGAAUACUACUGGAUCACUAGUCUGUUCCGUAAGAAGCUAUCCAGAGACGAGUUUAAUGCUGCUUGACCUACCGAAGGAUGCAUGCACAAAAAUGAAUUUUACGGCAAACGAAGAUGAUUUUAGCAUUAAACAGCUCCUGAAAUAUAACAAAAAAAAGUUUAAUGGAACACA